AUGGCCGAGGCGAAAAACGAAACUUUUGUAAAAUGUGCCGAACUUCCUGUUGUUUUUCUGUCGAAGCCGGGUGGGCGGACAGGGAGAGAGGCCGCGGUCAGCAGCAGCAGCGAGGGGUGCAGCGCCGUAAAUCAUGCGGGCGAUACUCGCUGCGCGAUGCCGAUGCCUCGACCACGUGAUGGCUUGAGUUGUUAUUUUCGUGACUUUUCUGUACGUCUACUUCCUAUGGGAGUCUUGGCGUGGACGACGAUUCAAGCACCGGAUACUAAACGCACUGUACACAGCGGGCGAGCGAGCGCACGAAUGCUGUGCGUCGACAAAAGCACAAAACACGUCCUCGUCGUUGGCACGUUGUUUUGGGGCGGCGGCGAGCGAGCAAACGACUCAGGUUCACUUCCGGUGUUAAGGUGUGGCCAAUCGACGACCGACAACCGGUUCGCAGAGGCGCCCGUCAUUUUCCGACCCCACUUCCUUUGA